GCUCCCGCCUCAGGUGCCUGCUCGAGUUACCUGCUGUGCGUGCUGUGGAUCUCCAGGCCAGGAGGGAGGGCACCUCUUUGCAAUUUAAGGGCUGCCUUCAGGGAGUUGUGCCUGGGGGCCACAAGGAGCCCUGACCUGUGGCAGACAACGAGGCCAGGAAACACGUCCUCUGGGCAGUUUGGCUGGGUUGUCUCUAGCAGUUUUGCAGUUUGAUGCAGACAAGCUGUCUUGAGUGGUAAGCUAGGCUGGGGCCUCCUUGUAAACCAUCUUGAGGCCAGCUUUGGGUACAAAAGCCAGAAAUACCGGCAUGGAGGCUUCUGGAUCAGCUUGCCCCUGGUGAAGCCUGCUCUGCAACUUGCAUCCCCUCCUCUCAUCUCCAAGAGGAGCAUCUUCGAGGCUUUCCGUUUGUAUUGACGGUUUGAAGGGAUAAAAAUACCCACAGCAGUGCCUUGGACUUCUUACACUGCCCGUGUUCUGCUCACCUUUUCUAUUGCCUCCCAGUGCCAGCAUUUGGAAUGCUUUUCUUGUGUGCUAGCGCCAGCACAAGCUCGUUACAGGCAGCUUUCUACAGGUCAAGGCCUUCAGGCCUGUAUUAUACCACCAAAGCUUUUGAAGGAGGAGGACAGACAGACCUGCUGUGCAUACCUACACUGUGAGGAAAGCACGACUGCUUGGACAGACCCAUCCAAUUCGUGGAUGACAUGAGAAGUGGCUGAUGGAGCAUAGUUGCUCAGAAACUGAGAUAUAAAUUGGGACAUCCUCGAAAACUAAUUUGCCUCUGCCACGAAUGCACUCUGUGGCCCAGGCCACGGUGGCGCAGGAAUUAAGCCUCAACAGUCAUUACGGUGUUGCCAGAUGCCUUUUUGUUUGGGCUGGGCAGGCAAGUGUAAGUGCCCCUCUGAAUGGCCAGUCCACUUUCCACCUCCCAUUUACCAUAUGGGGUAUAUGAAUGCUGACCUACAUUACAGGGUUGUUGUAAGGAGAGCAACAGAGGGGGCAUACCUGGGUGGUGGAGCACAUAUUUUUCAUGCAAGCGGUUCUAGGUUUGGGUCUGGGCAUCUCCAGGGAGGACUAGGAAGGAAUUCUGUCUUGAACCCAGGAUAGCUGUUUUCAUUCACCAUUGGUGGUUUUAGGCAGCUGCCUGAGAUACUCACACAUGUGAACUUUCAUGCACUUUGAACACUCAGACGAAACUGGGUAGAUGCUGGGAAGUAUCAUUUCUCAUUUUGUACGGGUGCAAAGCUGGACAGCAUUAAAGCUGAUCGGAAGCAUUUGAAUCACGCUGCCAAAGGAGAGCUUUGCGAGUAUUCCAGACUGGGAGAAACAAGCUAGUGGGUCCUCAGCCACAUCAAGCCAGAACUUUCCCUGGAAGUUAAAAUGAUGACGCUGAGUCUCCUGUCCUUUGGGCGCACCAUGAGAAGGCAAGUCUUGCUGGAAAAGACAACCCUGUGAGGAAGUGUUGUGGGCAGAGGAGCAGGAGGAGCAACGACGAGACGGACGGACUCCACCAAGGACGCCACACCUUGGUGUUUAUGAGAGCUGAGCAGGCAGCUGGGCAACAGAGGAGAAGGGGCACUUUGCGGCCAGUGGCUGGAGGCUAUGUUGCCGUCUCCCGGGCGAGGCGGCCGGUGCCCGAUGUCCCCCUGCAAUGAGCAGAAUUGUCCUGGCAGAUAAAACUUGAUUUCAGGGGAAGGCUUUGCGGUGGAGAAUGCCGCUGGCGGGCAGGCGUCGGCCUGCGGUCCUGUGAGCGCCUCCUGUGAGUGUGAUUCAUCAGCCAUUUUAGGGAAAUUAUUCUGUGGUUCAGCUGAACGUGCUGCUACAAAAAUGCUUCCUAAUGCGGCGCCUGUAUUUAUUUUUAGUUUUAGCUUAUUACUCCUUGAACCCUGUUUUAGUUGCCUGAAAUUGUAGCUGCAAUUUUUUGUUCCUUUAAAAGGUGGCUCCUGUUGAUUUAAGUAUUUUUUGGUAGCACAAAAGGGCGUUUUUGCUUUUAUUAUAUUCAGUAUAUAUGCAUGUAAAGAAAAGGUUGUGGCAAGACCCAGAGUGGUUUAGCUGCAGGUGCCAGGAAGGACAAGCAAAGCAUGGCGCCUUUUGAGAAAUGUCUGGAAGCUCUCUCGACUCAGCCCCAUGGCGGGAUUCGCGUAACUGCCGCAAAAUAGCUUCCUUUCUCACGUGGCGCAUAGUUUGCCUUCAGGUUUAAUUGGCUCAGGAUGUUUUGGCAGCAACUAGCAUAAGACAGUUUAAAAACGGGACGGGAGGGAAAGAUCUUGGAGAAUGGGCCUGUCAGUGCCUGCCCGCCAUUAUGGAUAGACCUCGAACUUUGGUGUUCGGAAGCAACGCAUCUGUGGACACACAUUGCUGGGGACAAACGGCGAGGGGGCAUAUCGUUGCACUCUGCACGGCUUUUCUGCGUCUCUGUGGUAUUUUGUGGACUGUUGCUGGAGACAGAAUACUGGGCUAUUUAUGCUGGGAUCCUGAAACUCCAGGUCUGCGGGGCCAGGGCAGCCAGCCUCCCAAGAUUCCACAUGGCCGUCACCUGUCGCCCUGAACCGGUAGCCAUUUGGCGCUUUCCUGGCCUUUGGGCAGUCCCCCUUUACCUCACCCCCAAUAUGUCGAAAUGCCCCUCGGAAGUGUCCUUCUGGAGCCUUCGUUGAUACUGGCGUUAAGAGCCUUAAGCUAAAACAGGGUGAGGCUUUGGUCCCCACCCGUUUUGUCCCACCCACUAUGUGAAUGUGGCCCCCCAAAGCAUCUCCCAAAAUCACAUUUGGCCCUCAGGCUGAAAGAGGUUCAGCCUUCAUCUUGUUCUGACUGGAGAUGCCGGCUUUCUGGUUUUCUUCCGGUCUUUUGAAACCCUCCAAAUUGUGCUUAUGUAAUUGAAACUGAAAAGGGUGAUUCCCCCUCCGGCGUGGAGAAGUGGAAGUCAUGGUGGGACGUGAUUGGGUGUGACGGGGCAGAUGCUAUUUCAAGUGACUGAAAAAGAAAAAUGCCUACUACUUCAAAAACUGAUUUUCCCCCUCUUUCUUGUGUGCUGGUGUUUCUUCAGAUGGGCUGGGGUGACCUGGGUGUAUUUGGCCAUCCCGCUAGAGAAACCCCAAACCUAGACCAGAUGGCUGCCGAAGGAAUGAUUUUCCCAGACUUCUACACUGCCAACCCUCUCUGUUCACCGUCGAGGGCGGCGCUCCUGACAGGUCGUCUCCCCAUCCGGAACGGCUUCUACACCACAAACGCCCAUGCCAGAAAUGGCACCUUGGCCACCGGCCCCAGUUCCAUCCCUUGCGGCACGGAUUCGACGAGUGGUUUGGAUCCCCAAACUGCCACUUUGGACCUUACGAUGACAAAGCAGCCCCAAACAUCCCUGUUUAUAGGGACUGGGAGAUGAUCGGCAGGUACUAUGAAGACAUAAAAAUAGAUCAUAAAACCGGGGAAUCAAACCUAACCCAGAUGUACUUACAGGAAGCCCUUGAUUUUAUUAGUGCACAGCAAGCCAGCCAGCAGCCGUUCUUUCUGUACUGGGCGAUCGAUGCCACUCACGCGCCUGUGUACGCUUCCAGGGAGUUCUUGGGCACGAGCCAGCGAGGGCUGUAUGGUGACGCCGUGCGAGAAAUUGACAGCAGCAUUGGGAAGAUACUGAGUCAUCUUCAAAAACUCGGCAUAAGCGAGGACACCUUUGUGUUUUUCACAUCUGACAAUGGCGCAGCCCUUGUUUCAGCUCCUGAACAAGGAGGCAGCAAUGGCCCUUUCCUGUGUGGCAAGCAGACUACCUUUGAGGGGGGCAUGAGAGAACCGGCAAUCGCCUGGUGGCCUGGACACGUGCCUGCUGGGCAGGCGAGCCAUCAGCUGGCGAGCGUGAUGGAUCUGUUCACCACAAGCCUCGCGCUGGCAGGACUGCAACCUCCCCGUGACAGACAGAUCGACGGCAUCGACCUUUCGCCUGUCAUCCUGCAAGGCAAGUUAAUUGACAGGCCAAUAUUUUAUUACCGGGGCAAUGAGAUGAUGGCGGUACGGGUUGGACUUUACAAAGCCCAUUACUGGACCUGGAGCAAUUCCUGGGAGCAGUUCAGCCAGGGCAUCGAUUUCUGCCCCGGACAGAAUGUAACUGGAGUAACCACUCAUGAUCAAGAGGAGCACUCAAAACUUCCGCUGCUGUUCCACCUGGGAAGAGACCCAGGGGAAAAAUUCCCGAUCAGGUUUGCGAGCGCCGAAUACCAGGCCACCAUGGAAAGAAUCGCCCCCGUGGUGCAGCGGCACGAGGAGGAGCUGCUGCCGGGGCAGCCCCAGCUGAACGUCUGUGACCGGGCCGUCAUGAACUGGGCUCCUCCAGGCUGCGAGAAAAUGGGGAAGUGCUUGGUUCCUCCCAGCCCCGACCCGAAGAAGUGUGUUUGGCUGCACUGAGCAUCUUCCAAUACUUGACCCACUGCUGUAAAACUGGCUGGAGACACGUUGGAUGCGUGGCAGGAUGAGUCCCAGGAGGACUGCUUUUACCGACAGGCUCCCCACCGCCACCCCAGGGCCCCAGCAGUCGUCUUUGCACGUUCAUCCUCGGGGACUGUGGGGCCAAGGCACAGCGGCCUCUGUUUAUUCCAGGUAUUCAGGCCGAAGAGCCUUCUUCGUCUUCCACAAGUCCUUGGGAAUGAGCUCUUUGCUCCUGCCCUCCGCUCUUCCCACACGGGCUGCUCAAGGAACCUGCCACAAAUUGGCUGCACAGCAGAUGGGGAGAGAGGCGUCCGCUGGAGCUCAGAACCAUCCGGGGCCCGAGGAGGUGGAGCGCCUUCGUGCCGUCGAGCGCCAUUCAGGGCCGAGACCAAACGAGCGCUCGCCGGCCGUGGGGCAAGGCCUUCCUUUCCUUGGCCCUGCUGCCAGUGCGCGGAGUCGGUGGCCUCUGUCCGCUGGUCGUUUUCGUCAAGAUAGCCAAACGGAGCCCCGGGUCCAGGGGCAUUCCGGCUCCGAUCACCAGUCCUGUGGGGCAAGCAAGCACUGGGAGAAGGCUGUCCCCUACCUCACUUCUGGCUUUGCGCCUCCUCUUCCAGCUUCCUUCCUGCCAGCUGCUUGUGACCAAGCAAAAGGGAGAGACACUCUCAUCUUCAGCUUCCAUGUUUGGUUGGCCCACUGCUGGAAACAGGAUGCUGGGGCAGUCUUAUGCCAUGCCACCCUUCUCCAACUGGGUGCCCUCCAAAUACUUUGGUCUGUGGCUCCAUGCAGCCUGCACCCCUGUUCUCCUGUACGCAGCCCUCGCCGUUAAUGGUCCUUUCAAGACUCAGCUCCAAAGGUACAGGUUUACGAUGUGCCAAAGAUUAACAUGAAGGAACUGCCUUCUGCCACGUGUGCGUAUUUCUAGUAUGGUUAUGACUUAAUUAUAUACUUUUGAGAUGUCAUCUUUCAAUAAGUGCUUCUCUUACGUUUAUCAUUUAACUGUGCUGUCUAAUUGUAUGACAUGAAAGUCAGUAUUAUUACCUGCAAUAGAAAUGCAGUGCAAUAAUACAGUGUCUGAUCCAUAA